UGAGGCAUGAGGGAGCAUGAGGGAUGUGAGGCAUGAGGCAUGAGGGGUGUCUCUUUGUACUGUUUUUACAACACCAGGAAUAAUACUAAAUGGAAUAUUCAAAGAGGGUAUCCAGGUCUAAUUUGUGAAGCAAGGUUAAACCUCUGACCAAUGAAUGCUGCUUAAAUUAAACUGACCAUGAAUCUGGCUUCGGCUGCCAAUCCCAUAGUAAAGUCAGAGUUGAGGGAGAGAGGAGAGGCCUCGUAGCAUGAAAACAAGAAGGACGCUCCAACAGAUCAUCCAUGCAAUGGCAGCUCCAUCACUUCCUGAUUCUAAUUCCCUAUUCUAUUUCCAGAACUACAGGAGAAUACACAACACUACGCUGUGGGUAGGCCACAGAAUUUAAAAAGAAUUCCCUUUCUGUGUUUGUGUGUGUCUGGGAAAAAAAAGCUGUUUUUCUCUUCCAAAAGUUCAUCAUAAAUGAGAGGGCUGGUUGAAUAUGUCUAAUAGUGUUAGUGUAGCUGACUAUUCAUUGUCAAGAAAAGCUGAUUUUUCUCUUCACUGUUGCUCAAGUGUCAGCUAGGCAGGAAGGGUGUGAGUGUCGAGUGGUUUCCUCUGUACUAUCUGUUGAUCAGAAACAGAAGUAGGCGAGAGAGGGGUGUGAAAGGCGUUUUCUCACUAGGUUUUUGUGGUAGACAAGAGAAGCCUACACCAAUCGUGAUGUGAAUGCCAAAUGCCAAUGUACCCGGCUUUUUCGUGAGAGGGUGAACUUCUUCACAUUGCUAUUUUGAAGAGAGAAAAAAACUUUUAAAAAAAUUUAAAAAAAGGUAUUUUAACUUAGAAUUCCCACAUGGAAAUGGAUGAGAAAGUCGUAUUUGAUGUAAACCUUUAUCAGAAAAUAACAUUGUAAGUUGAGUGUGAUGUGCUACGUGGUAUAGAUGACAUGGAUAUUAUACAAUGUAGUGAAGAUUCUCAUUCCAGUGUUUUUAAUGUACGAUAGAACAUGUUUCUGACCUAGGCAUGUGAACCUAUAUACGUAUGAUCUUGUCCAUGUGACUUUGGUUUCCGUUGUUUGCCUGCUUCCGCAAAAUACUAAAUGCACGGCUCUGCAUGUGUAGAGAACACACGCCACUCGACCGACCAGCGCUGCAUCGUACACAACCGGAGAUAUGGUCAACAGCUCGACCGACAGUGGCUUGAAGGACCCACAUCUAACCACCAGACCAGGAUGUUUAGAUGUUCAUCCACGGCCUCCUCCCCUACCCUGCUCUGUCUAACCCUCUGGCCCCUGUGGAGCCUCCUGAUGUCUGCCUUCUGCCACCCUCACCACAGCCCCUGCAUACUGACCCAAAAGACUGCUCUCUGUAGCAACAGUGAGCUCUCAUCUGUACCUGGUGGCCUACCUGACAGCAUAGAGGACCUCCACCUGAACCACAACCACAUUCAGAUGCUACAAGAUGACUCUCUCUCCCGCUACGUCUCCCUUCGUACCCUAAGCUGUGCAGACAACCUCUUGGAGACGGUGGGGUCCAAGCUAUUUCACAACUCACCUCAUCUAGAGAGCCUCAAUCUAGCUGCCAAUAACCUUCACGUUGGAUACCAGCAAACUAGCCUGGCGCUGCUCACCUUGUCUAGACUCAGAGUUCUGGAUCUGUCAAAAAAUCGGCUUACAGAGGACAUGGUCUCCGUCCUUCUCCAGAACAUGACGUCCCUGGAGUACCUCAACCUUUCCAGGAACCUCCUGCUGAGGCUGGACGAAAGCUCCUUCAGCGACCUCCACCAGCUCAGAGAGCUGGACCUGCAGAGGAACAUGCUGUUUGAGAUUGACGGGUCCUUCGAUCACCUGCACAAGCUCCAGAGACUCAACCUGGCCUUCAACUACCUGCCCUGCCUGGUGCACUUCCACAUGACCCAGCUGGUGGUCCUCAAUGCCAGUCACAAUGCCAUUGAGUGGUUCAUAGCCAACCAGGACCUCCAGGAAGUCUUCCAGCUGGAGACCCUGGAUCUCACAGACAACAACCUCCUCUUCUUUCCCUUUCUGCCCACCCACAGCCGCCUGAGGAACCUCCAUCUGUCCCAGAACAGGGUGAGCUUCUACGAACACCUGGCGGACACAUUUGCCUACCCCAACUGGAAGACCAGCGUCCAGUUCUACAACCUGAGGGGCAACAUGAGCAACGUCACGGCCAAGUUGUGGGACGAGAGCCUGCACGGGGACAUCUCCUCUCUAGACCUGCUGGAUCUGAGUGGAAAUCAGGUGCACUACUUCCCCCAAGGAUUCAUCAGCAAAAUGCCAAGCCUGACCAGACUCAGGAUGUGGACAAACUGUCUUGAGGUCUUGAAUCUAACUCUGGAAAAGCUGCCGGGGACGUUGUACGAGUUGGACGUGAGCAACAAUAGGUUGACAGAGCUCCAUGCCGACCAAGUUAGUUUGAGGAAGUUAGGCAACCUAAGCUUUCUGAACCUGAGCCAGAAUGACCUGCAGACUCUACCUGCUCAGCUGUUGUCCUCUCUCACCAGCAUCAGCUCUGUGGAUAUUAGCUACAACAGAGUUGGCGUGUGCCCCCUUGAAGCAGGGGGUGGGGGCAUGGGUGGGGUUAACCAAUCAGACUGUGUCGUUUGUAGAAACAUCAUUUCUCUGAGAUAUCUCUACCUAUCGGGGUGCAACCUGGGGAGGCUGCCAUCAUCAGCGUUCGUAGGGACGCCCCUAACACACCUGGAGCUGUCUAACAACCCAGAACUCAUCAUCGGGCCCAGAUCGAUCGCAGGCCUCAGCAGAACUUUACACCAUCUAGGAUUGGGAAACACAGGCCUGCGACACUUUGACUUCUCUCCUUUCCACCACUUGAAGUCUUUGAACAUUUCCAGAAACUCUCUUACUCAGCUCCCUGCUUCACUGCUACGCCUGGAGCUGAAGCUGCUGGACCUGAGGGACAACAAACUGACCACCGUCCCCUCAGCUCAGGCUAACGUGUUAGCCACGAAACUCCACACUGUUUUUCUCAACGGAAACACUUUCAACUGCUGCCAGUUGGACUGGUACAGGACAUUCGAGAAAACGGUCACUAUCAUGGACCUCUCAGAUAUUUCAUGUCAGGAUCUGACCAAAAGAACACACAGAGUGGUGCUUGUAGACUCCCUAAUAUGUGGCGGUAGUGAGGGGGAGUCUGUGUACUGGUACAUCCUGCUGUUUAUCGUACCUGUUCUCUGUCUGGUUGGAAUGGCUGUUAUCUUCCUGCUCACCUUUAGGCCCAGACUGCUUCCCACAGCAGUUAGAAAUAAAUGCUGGAGUCACCUUCCCUGUGUUGUCGAAGAAAAGUCCCAAAAAGAAGACACUGGCCGUGUCCAAAUACCCAUACUAGAGAUCUAAGUAGAAGGCAUUUUAGGUAUGCGAAAAUAGAACGUUUUAUAGUAAGUGCAAUUACAACAAAAAUAGUAUGCUUUAAAUGUUAUGUUAGUUUUGAGAAAGAUAAUCCUCUUUCCAGACUCACGUGUGUUUGACAACAGCUAAUAAUGAGAUCAUUAUUUUAUUUAACUAGGCAAGUCAGUUAAGAACAAAUUCUUAUUUACAAUGACGGACUACCCGUGCCAAUUGUGCACCGUCUUAUGAGACUCCCAAUCACAGCCAGAUGUGAUGUAGCCUGGAUUCGUACCAGGUUCGGUAGUGACACCUCUUGCACUGAGAUGCAGUGCCUUAGACCGCUGCGCCACUCGGGAGCCCAAGGGGACAUGCUGUACCAAAAGCAAAUCAAAUCGAUUUAUACAGCCCUUCUUACAUCAGCUGAUAUCUCAAAGUGCUGUACAGAAACCCAGCCUAAAACCCCAAACAGCAAGCAAUGCAGGCGUAGAAGCAUUAGGGCUGGUUGUGGUAGGGCUGGUUGAAUUAGGCAAUGCAGGUGUAGCCCAAAUUGAAGCCUUAGAAUGAAUGAAUGGCGGGAUUCUCUAAUAUGAUUCUAAUAUGAUUCAAUUCAAUAAUAUGAUUCAGUUGAUUCAAUUGAAUGAUUCAAUUGCACAUUAGAUGAAUCAUUCUCAGGAUGGAUGAGCCUAGUAUGUUGCUUACUGCAUUUGUUUGUACUAAACACUAUGUGUGUAGUACGAUUAGUACACAGAAUGUAGUUUUAUAAAGUAGUAGGCAAGAAAGAUUUCGGACACAGCCAUUGUCACAAAUUACAAUUAUGUAAAAGUGUGAUGUUUUGCACAUACAGUAUCAAUACAAUUUGAAGACAGAAACAAAUGUUUCCUUACAAAAGCAAUUGAGUUUAGGUAAUUCAUAAAUAAUGUCAUAUUACAUGUGGUGAUAUCUCACAUUGGAAACACUUCAAACUAACAUAUCCUGCUAAACCAGAUAAAGAACUGCGUGUUACAAUGUUCAGCAGCAAGUCAACCUUUUUGCAAUUGUGAUAAUCUGUAUGUGCUACGUGUGGUUGGUUCACACGACCGCUGCCUCUGGGGGCCUGAAUGUGAGAAUAUGGCUAUACUCACCGUGUGUGUGUGCUGUGUGUGUGUGUGUGUGUGUGUGUGUGUGUGUGUGUGUGUGUGUGUGUGUGUGCGGUGUGUGUGUGUGUGUGUG